AUUUUGACAGCUCAACCGGUAAGCCGUAUUAGAGAAAUGUCAGAUACUCGCAAUAAUUGUAAACAGUAUUGAAUCGAAACACUUAUUCUGUUGCAAAUAUCUGAUGGAUUCAAAAGUGAAAGAAGUUAUCGUCCGAAAAUGGUUGUGAUUAGUACAGAAACGUAUGAACAAAUUUGUGAAUUCUGCACAAAAUUCAGGGGGCUUACCAUUCAUUGUGAACAAGAGUUGCGGAAAUUUUUCAGCCAUAUCGAUCCACAAGUUUUAUCAGCGAUUUUAUCAAAGGAAUGGCAAAAACACAUAAAACAAUGGCAUCAUAGGAUUGCACGAUCUGGAGCAGACUUGUUAAGAGAGUACAAACAACAAUCUGGAGCAAGGGGCGACCCAUUUAUUUUACUGCAAAUUGCCACACGUGAAAACUUUUCACCGGUUUCUCUGUGCCGCAUUUUGCUGAGCAUGGGAUUUGAGGGAAAACCGAAAUCAGUAACCAAUGAAAUGAUGAAACAUCCAUACUUAAUUCCUGACCCUCUGUUGGCGUUGAAUGUUCUGAAUUGUCUCCACAAUGACAAGUCUGAUGGUCCAUUGACUGAUUUAAAACGACAAACCAUUGGUGAAGAUUAUGAAGUGCGAUUGAAAAAAAUGGCCUCAGAUGCGGGCUUGGAGUUUCAUGACGAAGUGCAUUUGAGACGAUAUGGAUAUGACAAGACACCGGAUUUAAAAUUGGCCGUACCUUGUAUGUACAAAGGAAAGAUAAUCAAUUGGAUCGAGAGCAAGGCAUCAUUCGGCGAUAUGACUUCACAUCGGCAAUAUGUGAACGAUCAAUUGUCUAGCUACGGAAAUAGAUUUGGCAACGGAAUAAUAAUUUAUUGGCUUGGAUAUUUGGAUCAAGUAGCGAAAUGCCCUGAAAACAAAGACUUUAUCAUUGUAACAGACGAUUUUCCCAAAAAAGAAGAUUUAAUUGUGUUAAAUCUGCCUUUUAAAUGACAAUGUAUAUAUUCGAAAUAAACGUUUAAUAAUUUUA